GCUUAAGAAUAUCCGGGUUCUUCCGAUUCUGGAGCGGACUGUUUGAUGGCGUCGCCUAGCAGCGGCCAUCUCCUCCUCCUCCCUCUCCGUUAACGAUUACGGAAACCAGAAAGCCCUGAUAAGGAGAGGGACGGAGAAAAAGGCAUGAGGGAAGGUGGAGUUGGAAAGAGAUCAAGGAUUAGCAGCGUCGUGCCGACGGAACUGUCCGCGGCCGAGGCGCGAUUCUCUGGGGAGGCUGGCAGCGCUUCCCAGAUCUCGCCCAGGAGCGGCUGUUCUUCCGUUUCGGCCAGUUUGGUACAAAAUGGGAGUUUUCCAGUUUGAGGCGUGAUGGCUGUAAUCCGCAAUCUAUAAUUGCUCUGGAGUAAGCCUACUGACGUGACCGAAGCCUCUCUCGCCAGAAGGAUUUGCAGGUCUUCCCCUUUUGAGCAUUCUAAGAAUCGGAGAGAUAAAUGAACAUUCGAGAUGGCACCCAUUUUAGAAUGGAAGAAGAUAAUGAGGAUUGAUCCUGAUGCUUUGCCUCGUCAAGAGGAGCUAGCAGAUAAUUUGCUGGAGACUGUGGCUAAGAUUGAUGGAAAUGACCUAAAGGAUGAGAACCCUGAACGAUUAAUUCAGCUUUUUAAAAUUUCUCAGUCACUAAUGAAGAUGAAAUCCCAAGAAGUAGAACUGGCACUAGAAGAAGUUGAGAAAGCUGGGGAGGAGCAAGCCAAAUUUGAAAAUCAGUUAAAAACAAAGGUGAUGAAAUUGGAAAAAGAAUUAGAGGUUGCUCAGCGAUCUACUGGUGGCCGUGAUACCCGUUUUUUGCGUGAUGAGAUCCGUCAGAUGGAAAAACAGAUGGCAAAAAAAGACAGAGAAUUGUCAGAUAUGGAAAAGGAAUUAGAGAAAGGGAAGAAAGUCAAUGAACAGCUUGCUCUUCGAAAUGAGGAUGCAGAAAAUGAAAACAGCAAAUUGAGAAGAGAGAACAAACGAAUGAAGAAGAAGAAUGAGCAACUUCGUCAGGAUGUAAUUGACUACCAGAGACAAAUAGAUUUGCAAAAGGAAACUCUUCUUUCACCAAGAGGAGAAGAAUUGGAUUACAGGUCACAGUUAUCAAAAAAGAACUUUGAGCUUGUCCAGUAUCUAGAUGAAAUACAGGGUUUGACUGAAGCUAAUGAAAAAUUAGAGGCCCAAAACCAGGAAAUGAGGAAAAAUCUAGAAGAUUCUGUGCAGGAGAUGGAAAAGAUGACUGAUGAGUAUAAUAGAAUGAAACUUAUUGUGCAGCAGUCUGAUAUUGUUAUGGACCAACUAAGAAAGGAAAAGGAACAAUAUAAGUUACAGGUGCAUGAGCUAGCAGAGCAGCUGAAAGCAAAGAAUGAAGAGGAUGAUCCCCUCAUGGCAGCUGUAAAUGAAAAAGUGGAAGAAUGGAAGGGAAUCUUGGCUUCCAAAGAUGAUGAAAUAAUUGAGUAUCAGCAAAUGUUGUUGACUCUGAGAGAAAAGUUAAAAGUGGCCCGGCUUGAUGCUGACAAGAACAGUGUUAUGGCACUCCAGCAGGGUGUGCAAGAACGAGACAGUCAGAUCAAACUACUGACUGAGCAGGCUGAAGAAUAUACAAGAGAGAUGGAAAAGAAUGCACUGAUGAUUGAGGACCUGAAAAAAGAACUCCAAAAAGAAAAAAGACUGCCAUCACUUACUCAACCGGAUCACAUUGGGGAAAUACAAGGGAAGUUACAGAUGCUGGAACAGAGAACCAAAGAUGCUGAGAGGGUAGCAGAACUUGCAGAAACUGAUGCAAGGGAGAAAGACAAAGAACUUAUUGAUACUCUGAAGCGAAUGAGAGAUUAUGAAAUGGGUAUUUAUGGUCUAGAAGAUGCUGUUGCUGAAAUACAAAAUUUAAAAAAGCAAAUUAAAAUUAGAGACCAUGAGAAUGAAACAUUAAUUAAAGAAGUUAACAAACUUGAAUUGAAAAUUAAUGAUUUCCUUGAUGAAAAUGAAGAUCUCAGGGAACGACUAGGCCUUGAUCCAAAGACUAUGAUUGAUUUAACUGAAUUUAAAAACAGCAAAGCACUAAAACAGCAGCAGUAUAAGGCUGAGAACCAGAUUCUACUGAAAGAGAUUGAAAGACUGGAAGAAGAACGAGUUGCCCUGAAACAACAGAUUCGUAAACUUGCUCAAGAAAAAGGCAAACGAGCAGCAACUUUAGGAUUGGAUGCAGAUGACUUACAGUUAAUUGAUACAUUUACUGAAGAGCUCAAGACAAACAAGGGGAAAACAGACUUUAGAAGUACUGCUAACGCUGAUGAGGUUAAAGCAAAGUUCAGUUCUCAUCUUGCUUCAUACUUCAGAGUGAAGGAUAAUGGUGAUGGCUCCAAGGUUUUCACAGUAGAUGAGCUUUGCAGUUCCCUAGAGCAGCAGUCCACAGAGAUGCUAGGGGCCGCUUUAUGUACAGUUGGUAAUAAGGCAUCAAAAGAACUAACCGUAGGCAAUCCUCUUUCACUUUCUGCUAUGCAAACAAAACAGAGGGCUAAUAAAAGACGACAGAUACAACAGCAGAUGAACCAAAUGGAAGCAUCUCAUGCUCAUAGACCAGUACUGCCUGUUCGAACACUGUCACUCGAUUUCCAGAGCAGGCUGCCUCUUUCAGUACUUGGAAAGCCAGGGUCAUCCUAUAUAUUGCAGAAGGUCAUGUUGAAAGAUGACAGUGGUGAUUCUGAAAUAAAGUUGUUAGAUUUGAGAACUGACUUGCCAGACAUGGGCAAAGAUGAGAUAUAUUUUCCAGAAUCCUGGCCAGUAGAACAAUUGGAAGGAGGACUUGUCUGUGGCCAGCCAGUGAAUGCAUAUCAGAUAGAUCGAGUUGAGUGCCUCAUAAGCCAGCUGAAGAAGGAAUUAAUUUUCCUUAGGUCGGAGAAUGAACAGAUAGUGAGAGAAUUGUUGGCCAAGAACACAUUGAAUAAAAAUACAGACCUAGAGCUUGAAAGCUGCAGGAGCCAGGCAUCUCAGAAUGAUUAUCUUACUAAAGAAUUAUAUGAACGAGAUAGAGACCUGGAACAAAACAGGACUGUAUUAGCCAAGUUUCAAUCCAAAUUGAAAGAACUGGUGGAAGAAAAUAAGCAGCUUGAACAGGGCAUGAAGGAAAUUCUACAAGCUAUAAAAGACAUGCAGAAUGAGCCCAUGAAAGGUGGAGAAACUGCCCUAAUGAUUCCUAGUCUGGAACGAUUAGUAAACGCAAUUGAGCUAAAGAAUGGAGAAGGAACCUUUGAUGCCAACUUGCAUUUGAAGGCCCAAGUUGACCAAUUUACAGGUCGAAAUGAAGAGUUACGGAAGGAACUGAGAGAAGCACGGAAAGAAGCAGUAGACAUUUCUAAUCAAUUAGCCAAAGCAAAUGCAAAGAAUGCCAAUCUAGAAAAUGAGAUUCAUUUACUUCGCCAGUCGGAAGGUGCCAGUAUAGUUUUCAAAGCAGUAAAUCUUCCGGAAGGGAUGGCUCCUUCCAGUGCGAACAUAAUUAAUUCACAGAAUGAAUAUUUAAUACACCUUUUGCAGGAACUGGGAAAUAAAGAACAACUACUCAAGAAAUUAGAAGAUGCAACAGAGGAAUGGAAACGAAAGUUUGCAGUUAUCCGUCACCAGCAAGGUUUGCUAUAUAAAGAGCAUCAAAGUGAAAGGGAAUGCUGGCAAACUGCUGGUGAAAAAAUACAAGAAGAAAAGCAGAAGCUUGAAAAUCAAAAGGAACAAGAUGAUAUAAAAAUAAAAGAAUAUUAUAAUUUAUUGGAUGCACUUCAGAAGGAUAGUGAUGACUCUAAACGGCUAUUUGCGGACUAUAGUAGAAAAAUAACAGUUCUUAGAGUAAAUGAAAGAUCAAUGACAAGGCAGUACACAACCUUACUUGAAAUGGAGAGGCAUCUUCGGAAAGAGAAUGAGAAAAUGAAGGCUGAAUUAACGUCAGUGGAGAGUACAGUUGAAGAAAAGAUUGGACAUUUGCAAAGGUUCAAGGAAAUGGCCACCUUCAAGAUAGCAGCAUUGCAGAAAGUGUUGGAUGACAGUGUGCCUCUAAGUGACCUGGAAAUGGCAAAUAAACAGUAUAAUGAGUUAACUGCUAAAUACAGGGAUAUGCUACAAAAAGAUAAUUUACUUGUUCAAAGAACAACUAAUCUGGAACACUUAGAGCAUGAGAAUGCAUCCCUGAAUCAACAAAUAGAUUUUUUAAACAAGGAACUUGAAAUUACGAAAGACAAACUUCAUACAGUUGAACAAGCUUGGGAACAAACAAUGAAACUAGGAGAAGACAGUGUUAGAGACAAGGCCACAAAGGCCAUAGCCAAUAGUGAGAUUGUUUCUAUCUCAAAGAAAAUCACUAUGCUGGAAAUGAAAGAACUAAAUGAAAGGCAGAGGGCCGAGCACUCGCAGCAAAUGUACGAACACUUACGGAACACCUUAAAGCAACUAGAAGAACGGAACAUGGAGCUGGAAACAAAGUUUGCUGAGCUUACGAAGAUCAAUCUUGAAGCACAGAAGGUGGAGCAGUCCUUGCGAGAUGAAUUGUCGAGCAGUGUGAGCAAAGUGGUGAGUGAGGCAGAUAGGCAUCGGAUUAUGGAACUGGAGAAAAGUGAAACAGAACUCAAGAUUGAAGUAUCAAAGCUAAGAGAGCUUUCUGAUAUUGCCAAGAUGCAAGUUGCUGCUUUGGGGAAUCGCCAGCAGUCCAGAGAGAAAGAAGUAGAGUCACUUCGAAUGCAGAUUUUAGACUACCAGGCACAAUCAGAUGAAAAAGCACUCAUUGCAAAGUUACACCAGCAGAUUGUGGCCCUUCAGGUUAGUGAGGCUACUGCUGUGGCAAAGUUAGAAACUGCUACAUCAAAACUUCAGAAGAUGGAGGUUGCUAAUAUGAGGCUAGAGCAAAAGUUGGAUGACAAGGAACAAGCAUUAUAUUAUGCACGGCUCGAAGGGAGAAAUAGAGCUAAACAUCUACGUCAGACUAUUCAGUCUCUGCGGAGACAGUUCAGUGGUGCUUUGCCCUUGGAUCAGCAGGAGAAGUUCUCCAAAACGAUGAUUCAGCUUCAGAAUGACAAACUGAAGACUAUGGAUGACAUCCAGCGUGCUCAGCAAGAGCGCCGAAAUGCAGAGAAUAGAGCACUCGAGGUGGAGAUGAAAUUAAAAGGCUUAGAAGAACUAAUAGCCACCUUAAAAGAUACAAGAGGCGCACAAAAGGUAAUUGAGUGGCAUAUGAAAAUUGAAGAGCUUCGACUUCAGGAGCUGAAACUGAAUCGUGAAUUAGCCAAGCAAAAGGAAGAGAUAAAAUAUUUGAAUAACAUCCUUUCUGAAUAUGAUCGUACAAUCAGCAACCUGGAAGAAGAACUUGUACAGCAGAGCCAGUUCCAUGAGGAGAGGCAAAUGGCCUGGGAUCAAAGAGAAGUAGAGCUAGAACGUCAGUUGGACAUAUAUGAUCGUCAGCAAAAGGAUAUACUAAGAACUGCUCAGAAGUUUGAUGAAGCUACUGGCUUAGUUCCAGACCCUGGCUUGCCACUUCCACAUCAGCUUCAUCAAGCUCUAAGGAAAAUUAGAGAACAUGUUCGAACAAUUGUAGAAAUGAGGACCACCUGCACAUCUUUAGACGAGAAACUGAAAGAGAAGGAAACUGCUUUGUGGAAAGCAGAGCAAAACAUCUUGUCAAGAGACAAGGUCAUAAAUGAACUAAGACUUCGAUUACCAGCAACAUCAGAGAGAGAUAAGAUAAUAGCUGAGCUAGACCAAAGAGAAGAUGAGUCUGCUGCCUAUCCUCGUGGUUUGAAAAUUGCACAUCAGACUAUUACAAAUAUGCAAGCAAGAUUAAAUCAAAAAGAGGAGGUGCUGAAAAAGUACCAGCAUCUUUUGGCCAAAGCAAGAGAGGAACAAGAGGAAAUUGCAAAGAAACAUGAAGAAGACCUCAGAGUGCUACAUCAAAAGUUAGAUUUGCAUGCUGAUCAUUCCUUUAAUAAGUUCAAACAAACUGCAUUGGAGCUGAUGAAAAAGCCUUCUUUAGCUGUCCCAGUAAAUAAGCACUUAAUUCGUCUGGCAGAGAUGGAACAAACUGUAGCAGAGCAAGACAGCUCUCUUGCUUCCCUCCUGACCAAAUUAAAGAAAACAACUUCUGACUUGCAGAAGCAAAAGCAAAUUACCUUUGUGAAAACCAAGGAGUUUGAUAACAUCAGGGCCCUACUUGAGGAGAGGCAUGCAGCUGAAGUGAAAAAAUUGAAAGAUGAAGUGGAUGAAUUAAGGAGUUUGUUGUCACAGAUGGAGAAAGAAUUACUGAAUGUAAAAACUGAGCUGGAGGCCCAAAGAGAAGCAAAUAAUAGAGCUCCAACGACUACAAUGAAAAACCUAGUGGAACGGUUGAAGAACCAGCUAGCCUUAAAAGAGAAACAACAGAAAGCUUUAAGUAAGGCGCUCCUGGAGCUCCGAGCAGAAAUGACGGCUGCUGCAGAGCAGCAGAUUAUUUCGAUGGCAUCACAAAAGGAGGCCCACAUGAAUGUUCAGCAGAUUGUUGACAAGCAAACAAAGGAGCUGAGGAGUCAGAUAGAAGAUUUAAGUGACCAAAUUUCAAAACUUAAAGAUGCUCUUAAAAUAAGUAAAAACAAAGAGGGUUCAUUAUUAGAUGAAGUGGAUGAUUUAAACCAGGACCUUCAGAAAAAAGUGAAAGCAUUUACUAAAGUUCUGAGGGAGAAAGAAGAGAUGGAAAAAGAAAAUGAAGAACUGAAGAACCAGAUUAAAAGGUUAACCAAUGCAAUUCAGGGCAAUAUUGAUGAGCAAACUCUGAUAGAUGAACUUCAGAAAAAAAUUAAAAGGCUGGAAACUGAGCUCAUAAAGAAGAGUGAUGAGUCAGAAAAGAAAACUCCACGAGAAGAUAAGAGCUCUAAGGAGGAAUUCAUUAGAUGGGAGGAAAGUAAAAGGUGGCAGGCUAGAACAGAAGGGACAAGGAACAAACUAAAAGAAAAGGAGAAGGAAGUAGAAUCUUUAACCAAGCAACUAAACACAGUAAAGGAACUCUUUUCAAAGGCUGAUAAAGAAAAAAUUGCUUUGCAGAAGAAGCUCAAAAGCAGUGGUGUUACUGUUGAUCAUGUUAUGGGGGUACGAGCCUCAGAAUCGGAGAAAGAAUUGGAAGAACUGCGAAAACGAAACACAGAUUUGGAGAAUGAAGUUGUUCACUUAAAGACUCAGUAUGCUCUCCCUCGAGACUCUGUUGUAGAAGAUUUACACUUAAAAAACAGAUACCUACAAGAAAAACUUCAUGCAUUUGAGAGACAGCUUUCUAGAGACACUUUUUCAAGACCUUCGACAUCUGGAUUAGGAUCAGAUGAGCAGUGUCAAAAAGAACAAGAACUUCAAAAGGAAAUCCUAAUAUUGUCUUCCGAAAAUAUGGAACUACGGUUCCAGCUAGAGCAGGCCAAUAAAGACUUGCCAAGAUUAAAGGACCAAGUAGCUGAUUUAAAAGAAAUGUGUGAGCUGCUCAAGCGAGAGAAAGCAGAAGCUGAGCGGAAGUUAGGCAACGUUCGAGGACAUGAAGAGCAACAGUGUCCUGCUCCACAUAGCCAUAAAGCCCACAGGAUACUGGGAGUGACUCCUAGCAGAGAAGAACUACAGCAGGCAGCAAAAAAGUGGAAGUGGUCUCAAGUGAAAGAGAGCUGGUUACAGGCAACUGAUUGGACUCAUGUUCUGCAGAGUCUGGGACAACUCCAAGGGCAACAGUCUGGAAGAAGUGGGAAAACUAUUCCAGAACUGGAGAAAACAAUUGGUUUGAUGAAAAGGGUUGUAGAGAGAGUUCAGAGAGAAAAUGAAGAGCUCAAAAAAGCUCCUGGAGUAGUUUCCAGUGAAAGAAUUGCCGGUCUUGAACAGGAAAACGAGUACUUAAAGUCUGAAAUGGAAAAACUGAAACUUCACCUUGGAGGUGAAUUGAGCACACGUUAUGAAUUGAAGACGAAAGGCACAGAAAAACUUAUUGCUGAGAAUGAGAGGAUACGGAAAGAGCUAAAAAAGGAAACCGAGAAUGCAGAGAAGCUACGAAUUGCAAAGAAUAAUCUUGAGAUAAUAAAUGAGAAAUUGACCAUGGAACUGGAGGAGACCAUUAAGAAGCUAAGUUUGGCUGAAAGUAGAAACCCACAGCUUGAGGGAGUUGACAGCAAGAACUGGAAAUCCAUUGUUAUAACACGGAUGUAUGAAAAUAAGAUGAAAGAAAUGGAAGCUGAGAUUUCCAAAAAGAGCCAAGUCAUAAGUGACCUUAAAAAGAAACUGCAGAAAGGCACAGAGAGUGAAGAAAAAAACAAAUAUAUUCAGGACUUAGAACAAGAAAUUGAGCUUCUAAAGCACUUUCCAGAAGGUGCCAAAACAGAACAAGGACUUGUUCAAGAGUUUCAACGUCUCAGAUCAACCAAUGAUCGUUUGGAAAAGGAAAAAGAAAAACUAGCUCACCAGCUGGAGAUUUACCAAAAUCAAACUGAAGCGAGAAGAGGAGAUGGCUUUGGAACUGGAAAGGAAGGAAACUACAAAUUAGUGGUAGAAGUAACAGACCUCAAGACACAGCUGAAAACCUCAGAUUUGGAACAGCAACGACUUCAGGAAGAAGUCAGGAAGCUGAAAAAUGAACUGGAUAACUUUGAUCCAUCUUUUUUUGAAGAAAUUGAGGAUCUAAAAUACAACUAUAAUGAAGAAGUUAAAAAAAACAUUAUCUUGGAAGAAAGACUGAAAACACUUUCUGAACAAUUUGGUGUUCAAAUAGAUAUCCCAGCAAGAGUUUCUAUAGAUUGAAUCAGGCAAUUAACUUGAAACUGUCUACAAACACUAUUCAUUUGUAGAUAAUGAGAUCUUGACAGAGAAAAGAAACUACUAAGAAAACCCUCCUAUUGAGUCAAAGCACCUCUCUCUUUUACCUUCUCAGAAAAUAUCAAUAGGCAGGUUACUCCUGCUGUGACUCUAGGACACAAUUCCCUUCAGCUCUUGAGAAAGCAAGCAUGUGUCUGAUAAGCUUCUAAAUGCAGAAGCAAAGUAAGGAAUAAAAGUUUUGUACUAUUGUAAACCUGUUUCUUGUAUUGUUGUAAUUUAUUUUUUCAAUAUUUUUGUAUAUCUUGCUUUGGUGUGUUUGCACUAAAAGUAAAAACAAAAUGCAAACUUUA